AUGGGACGAGGGCGAACGACGACGAACGCGAGGACUAACCCGGAGCGCGGCGCGCGCGACGCGAGCAGGGCGCAGGCGACGGCGAGCAAGUCGAAGGCGAGGAGCGCGGACGUCAGCGCGACGGGGGCGAAUUUGAAGGAGUGGAACCCGAAGUCUUGGCGACAGCGCGAGGCGCUGCAACAACCGAACUAUGAAAAUCAGGCUGAGCUGGAGGAGGCGCUGAAGGUGAUCGCCAACCGGCCGCCGCUCGUGUUCGCGGGAGAAGCGCGCGACUUGCAGGAAAAGCUCGCGAACGCGGCGGCUGGUAACGCGUUCGUCUUGUUCGGUGGUGAUUGUGCGGAAAGUUUUAGAGAUUUCACGUCGGAUAACGUGCGGGAUACGUACCGGGUUUUGCUGCAAAUGUCCGUCGUGUUGAUGUACGGCUCGGGCGUGCCCGUGGUGAAGCUGGGACGAAUGGCUGGCCAGUUCGCCAAACCCCGUUCCGAAGACUUGGAAACGAUCGAUGGGCUCUCGUUGCCGUCGUACAGAGGCGAUAACAUCAACAGCUGUGAGUUCACCCCGGAAGCGCGUCGGCCGGACCCUUCGCGUUUGGUCAAGGCGUACGAUCAGUCGUGCGCCACGCUCAACUUGCUGCGAGCUUUCAGUAACGGAGGGUACGCCGCGAUGACGCGCGUGAGCGAUUGGAAUUUGGAUUUUAUGGAAAACACCGAACGAGGCAGUCAAUAUGAGGAUCUUGCGCAGCGCGUCGACGCCGCGAUUGACUUUAUGGCGGCGUGCGGCAUCGACGAAACUCAUCCGUCGAUGCAAGAGACAUCCUUCUUCACGGCGCACGAAGCUCUUCACCUGGGUUAUGAAGAAUCGCUCACGCGUUUGGACUCCACGACCGAGGAGCAUUACGGCUGUUCCGCGCAUUUCUUGUGGUGUGGUGAGCGCACGCGCCAACCCGAAGGCGCACACAUGGAAUACUUCCGCGGUAUUUCCAACCCGAUCGGCAUCAAGAUUUCCGACAAGAGCGACGGCGAGGGUGUGGUGAGCUUGGUGAAGAAGUUGAACCCGGACAACGUCCCGGGUCGCAUCACCCUCAUCUCUCGCAUGGGUGCUGCCAAGUUGCGCGAGCAUCUUCCGCGUCUCAUCACCGCCAUUGAAGACGCCGGGCUCAACGUGUUGUGGGUUACGGAUCCCAUGCACGGGAACACCAUCAAGACUGAUAACGGUUUCAAGACGCGUCCGUUCGAGGCGGUGCGCGACGAAAUUAUGGCAUUCUUUGAAGUGCACGAAAAGAUGGGUACUUAUCCUGGUGGGGUUCACUUAGAGAUGACGGGGCAAAACGUCACCGAGUGCACGGGCGGCAUCAUGGACGUUUCGGUGUCUGAUUUGGAAAAGCGCUACCUCACCCAUUGUGAUCCGCGCUUGAACGCGAGCCAAGCCAUCGAGCUUGCGUUUUUGAUGGCUAGCGAGUUGAACGAUAUGCGUCGUCGCCGCGCGGCGCAAUAA